AUGAGUGCUUUACAGCAGAAAAUCAAUGAAAUCUUUGCACACUGUUACGUAUCGCUGCGCAUCGAGAGUGUAAGUAGUGCAAUGUUAAGGAAUUUGUUCAUUCGAUGCCAAAUAAACAAUGAUAUAAUUCAGCGAAGAUUGUCAUCGAUGAUUAUUUCGAAUCCAAAAUAUUCGUUUUUAAAAGAAUUGGGACUGGACGAAGAGAAUUGCGGCGUAUUUAGUGGCGAAUGGAAGUCAUCCGGAAGUGUCGUCGAUUCUGUGUCACCAGCAACUAAUGAGAUUAUUGCUCGAGUGCAGUAUGAAAUACUGUUCUCCGUAAAUUCAGGCAGUCUGGAUGAUUAUAGCCGCGCAGCAAAUAUGGCGAGGAAUGCUUAUGAAUAUUGGGUUAAUAUACCUCCACCUCGACGUGGCGAAGUUGUUCGACAAAUUGGUGACGCAUUAAGAUCACAAAUAAGCAAUCUUGGAAAACUUAUAUCAUUAGAAAUGGGAAAAAUAAUAGUAGAAGGAAUAGGAGAAGUGCAAGAAUAUGUUGAUAUUUGCGAUUAUGCAGUCGGUCUUUCUCGUUCCUUUGCAGGACAAAUUUUACCAUCUGAACGACCUGAUCAUGUUCUUCUUGAACAGUGGAAUCCACUUGGAGUUGUUGGAGUAAUAUCUGCAUUUAAUUUUCCCUGUGCUGUUUACGGUUGGAAUAAUGCUAUCGCCCUAGUUUGUGGUAAUUCAGUGAUUUGGAAACCAGCGGCAAGUACAUCGCUUACAGCUAUUGCUAUUACGAAACUUAUUGAAAAAGUACUUAAAGCAAAUGGUAUUCCUGGAGGUUUAUGUUCAUUGGUAACUGGUGAAAAUUUUAUUGGAGAAACGCUGUGCAAAGAUUCCAGAAUAAAUUUGGUAUCUUUCACUGGAUCUACAACUGUUGGAAAAUUGGUGGCACAAAAUGUUCAAGCACGUUUUGGAAAGACCCUUCUUGAACUUGGUGGAAAUAAUGCCAUUAUUGUUAACGAAGAUGCAGAUUUAAAUAUGGUCAUUCCUGCAAUUGUAUUUGCAGCAGUUGGUACGACAGGCCAACGGUGUACAACCACUCGCCGACUUAUUGUGCACGAAAAGCUAUUUGAUCAGGUAUUAAGUAAGCUUAUAUCAGCGUACGGACAGCUGGAAAAACGAAUCGGUGAUCCAUUGGACGAGAAUAUAUUAAUUGGACCCAUACAUAGUAAGAUAAGUGUUCUGCAAUAUAAAUCAGCUAUUACAGAAGCAAUCUCUCAGGGAGGCAAAGUUGAAUUUGGAGGAAAAGUAUUAGAUGAUCGGCCGGGAAAUUUUGUUAUGCCGACAAUCAUUACUGGUCUUAAUUCUUCUUCUGAAAUCGUUAUGCGCGAAACUUUUGCACCUAUUCUUUAUGUCUUAAAAUUUAAAACUCUUGAUGAAGCAAUAGCCAUAAACAAUCAAAUUUUUCUUUCAUUACCAAACGGAAGCGAUUGUGGAAUAGUGAACGUAAAUAUACCAACAUCAGGUGCUGAAAUUGGUGGAGCUUUUGGUGGUGAAAAAGCUACAGGCGGCGGACGUGAAUCUGGCUCUGAUUCAUGGAAGCAGUACAUGAGACGCUCCACGAUUACGAUUAAUUAUGGCAAAGAUUUACCUCUAGCCCAGGGAAUACAUUUUGGAUAG